AUGUCGCUACAAAAUCAUAUUGAUCUGUUUCAAAAUUCGGAGAUGAUUUACCCUGAAUAUUUUAAUAUGGAAUUUUAUCAACUUAUGGAGGCAUGUCGUUGGAGUAUACCUACAAAGUUAAUCGACACAUUACGGUAUUCUUAUUUAGAAGUUGAUGAUUGCUUUCAUAUUGCUGCAUUUAUACAUUCAGUAAAUUGUGGUGAAAAAGAAGCGGUGCGGCUACGAAUGCCUGAAACUGAUGACGAGCGGUUCGUUGAGUUCAAAGAUUUCAACAGCAAGGAACGUGUUGAGUAUAUGGUGUACGCUGACUUUGAGGCGUUAUUGGUACCACAACAUCAUGAAGACAUGGAAAUGGAUCAUGGGUCUUAUACAAAAAAUAUUCAAAAACAUGUACCCUACAGUGUAGGUUACUAUGUUCAUUGUACCCAUGAUCCCAACCAAUCGUUUUAUAAGGCAUACCGUGGUGCUGAUUGUGUCAAGUGGUUUGUUCAUGAACUGGAACAAGUAGCGUACUCAUUAGAGCAAAAAAUAAAACACGUUAAACCAAUGUAUCCGCUCACCGUCGAACAAGAACUGGAUUUUAUGUCAGCAGAGAAGUGUCACAUUUGUGAUAAAGAUUUCGUAUCCAAUUCCAUACGUGUUCGCGACCAUUCACAUCGCACAGGUAUCUACCGUGGAGCAGCACACCAAUUUUGUAAUCUGCAUUAUCAAGAUUCAAGGGUGAUACCUGUUGUGAUGCACAACUUGAACAAGUUGGAAAAUCUGGCCUCAUAUUUAGAGAAUGAUAAAAAAUCCAUUUUACAUAAAGAGGUCAGUAAUGAUGAACAAUUUCAAUUGCUAACGAGAAAAGGUGUAUUUCCAUAUGAAUACAUGAGUAGCUGGGGACGUCUCCAAGAGACAAAAUUACCACCAAAGGAGGCGUUCUACAGUGUGUUAACAGAUGAACACAUAACGGAUGAGGAUUAUAACCAUGCGAUACAGGUAUGGAACACAUUCAAUUUACAUACACUAGGUGAUUAUUCAGACCUGUAUAUGAAAACUGAUGUGUUACUACUUGCGGAUAUUUUUGAAAAUUUCCGUAACACUUGUAUUCAUAGCUAUAGUCUCGAUCCUAGUCACUAUUACACACUUCCUGGCUAUACGUGGAGCGCCAUGUUGAAAUACACCAAUAUCAAAUUGGAAUUGUUCACGGAUAUUGAUGACUUGUUGUUUAUCGAGAAAGGAAUCAGAGGCGGUGUAAGUCAAUGUUCUAAUCGCUAUGCUAAGGCGAACAAUAAGUACAUGGAAGAGGGGUAUGAUAAAACUCAAGAAGAUGUCUACCUUAUGUAUUAUGAUGUGGUGAACCUAUAUGGUGCAGCAAUGUGUGGAUACCUACCAACAGGAAAUUUUAAGUGGGUCGACACACCAAACAUCGAGGAUGUUGCAGAUGAUUCACCAGUCGGGUACAUUUUAGAAGUAGACCUUGAAAUACCCCAACAUCUACAUGAUAACUUUAGCGAUUUACCGCCAUGUCCGGAGACAACGAAACCACCUGGAUCAAAACAAAAAUAUCUUCUGUCAACCCUUUACAAUAAGACCAACUAUGUCGUGCACUACAGGAAUUUGAAACUGUAUACACAACUCGGUGUUAAGACAUAUCGAAAACGUUUGUGUAUGACUUCCACUACAACUACAUGUACCAACGGUACAACCCCACAAAUGUCAGGUUAUUAUACACAGACACCGAUAGUCUAA